GCUAGCGCGUAGGAGUAAGAAGGAGGAGUAGUAAAACCGGUGCCACGCUUCCGUGAAGGCGGGAUCACCGGCACCGGCCCAUUUCAUCGCUCGCUAGCAGCUGGCUCAGGAGUCCCAUGGAAGCAACCGCCCCGCCCUCUUAACGCCACAUUGAAUCCCAAUCAACGCCAGCGUCCGUCCCCUCCUCCACCAUAGGCCAUAGCCAACCCCGCAAGCUUCCUCGACCGGCCAGCUUCGUACGCUCGUGCAGAGCCAGUGCGACGUCCAUCUCCUGCCACCCGGCUGGUCUGGCUAGGUAGCUAGCUACCGCCUUGUCAUCGGCUCCUCGCGCGCCCCAUGACUCCCCAGGCCUGCGCGCGGAGGCCAUGAGACGACCCGGCGGCGCCGCUCCCGUCGUCGUCCUCCUCCUCUGGCUCGCCGCGCUCACCUUCGCCUUCCACGGCUGCGGCGGCGGCCUCCUUGUCAGGCGCGGAAGCUCGGUGGCCGUCGAGCGGGAUCGUCGUCCGGCCUCUCUUCCCAGGAAGAUGCUUCUCGCCGUGGAGAGCCAGAGCCUCGACCCCUCGUCGGCCGCCGGUGCUCCACAGGAUCAACACCACCACCACCAUCACCACCAUCAUCGUGGUGGUCACCACCAUCGUCAACGGCACCACCGCCUCCCCAGCAAAUGGAACUGGCAGAGAGUCCCGCCGUCCGCCGCUCCCGGGGACGGCCAGGAGAUCGACCCGCGGUACGGCGUGGAGAAGAGGCUCGUUCCAACAGGCCCGAACCCGUUGCAUCACUGAGGUUCAUGGCCGCGGGGCUUCCAUCCAUGGGCGAUUUUUCAUGUACUUAUCCUGAUCAUCAGAAGCUGCAAAAGCUUUGCAAGGGAGAGGGAGAAAAAGAACCGAAAUUUUACUAGCUAUGGUACAUAUGAAUUAUUAUUGUGUUGUUGUUGUUGAGUAUGAAAUCUUCCUCUUUUUCCGUUUCUAGGUUGUCCAUUCUUUGAUUUUCUCUGCUACAUGAUCAAAAUCUUGGCAUGAAUAAGACGAGUGCUGCAGGUGACAUUUGCAUGUACUACUGUAUAAGAUUAUUUGCAGUGAUCUGUAAUUACUUCACUUUGUUCUUUUUACUGAUUGGGGAACCGAUGUAUAUGCGCCUGGUCGUUGAGUGUAUUGCAUUGCUCCCAAGAACUUGACAA